AUGCUCCCCUUCUACGGCACAGGCUGGGCCGCGCGCCCAGGCAAUAACAACGCAUACGGCCAAAACACCACUGCACCCUACUACAACAACCAACACAACCCCGCGCCGCCUUACUCCGCCGCCACCAAUAACAACAACGGAGGUUACUACGGCGGCGGAGGCGCAAACCAGGGCUACUACGGUCAGCAAAACGGCGUCGAGCUGCAGAGUCCGCAGCCAACAUACGGAGGCGGGUAUGCGCCGCCGCCGGGCCCGCCGCCGACGAAGGGUUAA